CAGACCAUUUGCGCACGUCCUAUGAUACAAGCCCACGCUGUUUCAUUGAGCACUUCACAUAGCUCUCUUGAUGAACGAAAGAUUUCGAAAAACCAAUGCGCGGUGUGUGGAAUCGGGUUUAUAGAGUUUAUAGAGCUGGGAAUAAUCGAGGCGAUUAGUGUGUUCUUAACACUUGAUUUGCAAAAGAGAAAGGGGUUCGGUUAAAACAAACGGGAGUGAAUUGGAACAGAGCUGAAACUCCAUCGAUCUCGCAUCGAGGCGAGCCAGAGAGUCAACCCAGGGUGGACACACAGUGGCUUUCGUUGGAUUGCAAGAUUUCAGUGGAGGGAGGUGUUGCCGUACCUCGGGAGACCAAAGAGUGAAAAGGUGGCCUGGGAGUAGGAGAGGGGGCAGAAGAACUCGGCCGACCAAAGAAACGACCGGCACCCGCGACCGAGUUUGAGGGGUCUUCUCUUCCCGUCGAGCCGCCAUGUCGCUGACCUCGUUUCACAUCAUGCAGACGCUGAAGAACUCGCCGGCGGCCAUCCGGCGCAAGUUCCGGCGCGAUCGCAUCGAGAGCCUCUCGCACGGCGACCCCAUCUUCAAGGCCCACUACCUGGGCACCAGGAAGAUCUUCUCGCUGGACCUGGAGCAGGCCGAGGACGCCAUCGAGCGGCUGCUGGGCGACGCGCCCGCUGCGGGCAAGCUGGGCAAGGACCACGCCCUGGUGGUGCGCCCGCGCUACGUGGAGGUCAAGGAGCUCAGCACGGGCCGGCAGCUGACCAAGACCUACCUGCAGGACAUCGCCUACUGCGCCUCGCACACCAGCCGGCCCAACGUCUUCCUCUACAUCUGCCGGCAGCCCGGGCAGCAGCUGCAGUGCCGCGUCUUCUGGUGCAGCCGGGCCGAGCGGGCCAAGGACAUGACCGCCUGCCUGGCGCGCUCCUUCCAGCGGGCGCUCAACGACUGGCAGGACGGGGGCAGCGCCACGCUCCCGCAGCCCGAGGCGCGCGAGAAAGACGACGACGACGCGUCGGCGUCGCCCAAUUCGACCAGAGGCUCGACGCUACCAGCCAGUCUUGGGAAAGUGCGCUGGAGGAGGAGAGGAUCCGUGUCCCGCAGCCCCCACAGGGCCAUCACCCGCAGAGGCUCCGCCAGCGACAGCUGGCACUGAGACGCCCGGAAGUUCCCGGGGGCAAACUUCCAUGACAGACUGCCGACUGGCUCGUUUUUCUUUUUUUUCCCCCUCUCCUCCUUUGGAGGUGGCAGUGUUUUAGAGGGAGGUUAGGGGUGGGAGGCCACACAGCUGGUCCUGAAAGGACUUUCACUUCCUCCCCCCUUACAUGGUCUUCAAAAGACUGGCUAUCGGUAUUUCCGGGUACACGCCGUUUCAUCUGCAUUGACAGUUGGGGGAAAGCACAAAGGCCCUCAUGGCGUCAGUCGGGGAGCUUUGGUUUGAUUCCCUUUCAACGGGGAACAGAGGCCCGAAUCAGCCAGUUUCCGUGGCAACUGUAGAGGACUUUUUAUCAUUUCUUUUUUUUUUUUUUCCGAGAGUCAGGAGUGAUGUCAGAUUCAUCUCAAGGACUGUGCAGGCAUCCGCACACAACUGAACUGGACAAAGGAUAACGCUUGAUGUCAACAACCUCUCCUCAGACUGCUCUACUGAACUGACAAAUCUACGCACAGAGUAUUCCCAUGAACAAUACUGCUGUUGAUGUUAAUGCUAUUUAUUUAUAUAAAUCGUUUUUAUUUAAAAGGUGUGCACCUAGGAUUAUUGGCUUUCUCUUGAAUUCGAUGGGGAUUGAGUUGACUAGAGGGUGAGGGUUUGCGUUUGGGUUUGGGUUUGCGUUUGAGUUUUUUCACGCUGGGAUUUGGGUUAGAACAAGGAAGUGCUGCAGACACUGAUGUCAGAUGUUAAGUUAAGCUUCCAACCACAGUUUGUGUUGUUUUCCUUGUAGCAGUUUGGCAGUUGGGACAUGAGGUCACCAUAGAACAAUCAUUGGGCACUUUUCCAACACUUGGUGCAUGUCUCACGUAUACAAAAAUUCAGACACACAAACAAACAAACAUGCACUCAUUCGUUAUCACACACUUUAGCAGAUCUGCAGAUUAUGACAAUAGUCAUAGUCUUAACUUCAGCAUGUUGCCUUCAUAUGAAACAGAUUGUAAUAGUUUGGUGAAUGCUUUAUACUUUAUACAUCUGUUUGUGUUUUAGUCGCUUCCUUGCCAUGAAGAUUGAAGGAUUUAGUUGAGCCCAGGCCAGAACACAGUGUCUGAGCAAAUAUCAGAAGUGGCCCGUCCUGUCUCUCUCUCUCUCUCGCUCUCUCUCCCAUACCCUGUUGGAACCCAACUCUCUCCGCGUUGACCAAUUUUAAGUUAUUUGCAUUUGGGGAGGCGUUAGGCAGGCAGAAUGCCAGAUCAUGAUAUUCCCAUGGGGCUGGGAGUAAUUUAUGCCUGUGCGUGUGUGUGUCUGCUCUCCUGGGGAACAAGGUGUUCUCACUGCAGCCUGGCAGGGGUACACUCACCGUGCACCUGCAUUUUAAUGCACCUACUCUAGUUCAACUUCCAACCACCCACCCCAUUCCCGUCGUGCAUUGCGAUUCUGCACAACGUCCCUGGAACAUCAGCCCGUCCCAAAUUGUUGGCGACUCUCUCACACAUGCUGUGUGGGCUGCUACCGUAAUCCUGGUGCCAGCGACACCUGGUAAUGAGGGGAAGCAUGACGCAGUCGCGCGGAGACGGGAACAGUGGCGGGAGCCCUCUCGCACGCUAGCUCUGGCAUUUUGGAUUCUCGCCCCCGGGCACUUGCGCGGACUCGGAUGGAUAAGUUGGGGAGGAGAGCGGGCAACGCGCCCAGCUGUUCCAGUCGAGAUUUAUGUCUGUGAUCCAUAAAAGUCCCCCCCACCCCCACCCCACCCCACCACCUUCAGAGUUCCUGAAGCAACGUGGCAUUGUUACAUAAGCUGACAGAGAGGAUGAUUGCAUGGCUUAAGCUACCUAAAGGUGCCUCAUUUUUGUUCGUUUUUUUGUGUUAUUUUAUGUUAUUUUAUUUUUUUGCUUUUGACUGACACGUGGAGUCGACAAAGUUUCAUUUUAACUGACGUUACAAAGGCACGGUGCCUAUUCAGAGUGAAAAGGAAGUGCCUGCUUUUAGAUGUUUUUAAAGUGUCUCCAUGUCCAUGUUCUGUAUGUUGUUUUAUACUGUGUUGUUUGUGUACAAAUUUAAAUAUAUAUGUAUUUUAUGGAUUAAAGCUUUUAUAAUGAAA